CAAAACAAAACGCUGUCAAAAAAUCAAUCUAUUUAUGGUAUCAUUCGCGUAAGACAUGGUUAUCUAUCGGAACAUCUAGAGCAGAUUGAUUAGAAUAGAAUCAACCCCGAUUACAUUUCUAUUGAAAAGUUUGUGGUGCACGUAACAGAAGAUGCUAGAACAAUUUUGAACCGAUACCAGAAAACACAAAGGAAAAAUGUCUCAGGAAAGCGCCAUCGUGUUUACCAUCUUCUACGCUCUGAUAUGCUUCUGCAUUGUCUAUCCCUCGACGGAGUUCGUAUCGGCCGGGUUAACGGUGGAUCACGUCUUCUCAUCCACACUCGGCUCGGAAAGUAUCACCUUCGUGCAGCAUCACAUCCGUCGAACGAGCCUCAAUCUGAUGGUUCAUUCGUUGCUUCCGCUUAUGUACAUCCGUGUAUACUUCAUGCAGUUCGCCAGCAGCAAUGACGAGGAUAGUGAUAGUGUGGCAUCUUCACUUCCGGAUUCGUACUCUACGGUGAUGUUAGUGUGGAGAGUUUUAAUCGCUGCGAUUGUUCUGUUACCCGCUUUGGUGGCGGCUGCUAUUUACUACUGGUCCAGAAAUAAUUGGCAAAAUCAUCCGGUUGCGAAAUAUUUGGCAAAGUUUGCAAUCCCCGGGACACGUUUCGAAGACUGGCGAGCGGUUGCAGCCAGCAUAAACGAUGAAUACCGGAGAGAUGAUAAGGUAGUCAUUCGGAUGAAUCCGGUUGCGCGGAUUGUAGUGACGGAAAGUUGGAUCAUCAAAACCGGUCCGUACUGGAUCAAUGUUGCUCAUCAGGAUGAUACGGCGUUGAUUGCUUAUAAGAGCGACACACACGAUGUUAGCCAGGAAGCUUUCGAAACCGUGCAAUUUGUCAACAUAGCUGUAAAACCUACUCGAGCGGGAAUAAGAGAGUUUUCCAUACGAAUCAAUGCACUUGACUUCAAAGAUUUGCAAGAUCGUCUCAGUCGUCCAAUAACUAUCCUUUCCAGUGUAAAAUUCCAUCGCUCUGUUCUGGACCACUUUGUGGAAGUGUUCAAAGACCAAGUCGCGCAGAAUCCACGUCACCGGUUGGAUGUUGACGUAGCUGUUGAUAAUCUAGACAAUUGUUUCGCCUGUAUGCAGGCACAACCGAAUAUAAAAAUUCAAAAACACUGCCUGGACGUCGACGAAGCAGGGGAAGCUCUGCCGGAAGCGCGCUGCUGUCAGGUUUGUAACUGUCGACCUAUGUGGUGCAUCGAGUGUGUAGCCAAGUGGUUCGCUUCAAGACAAAAUCAAUCGGAGCGGGAAUCGUGGCUGCAGCAGAAGUGCACCUGUCCGAUGUGUCGCGCACGGUUCUGCAUCCUGGAUGUGUGUUAUAUUGAGGGACGUCGAUGAUAAGGAUAGGACGAAUCGAAAAAGCUGUGCAAAGAAGCCUUUCAUGAACUGCUUUAGAUACUUUAACGUGUGUUUUGAUGUUAUAUUUAAUGAGAAGCUUAAAAACGAUGUUUAAACAACAAAAA